UUGUGGGCUGGGAGGAGGACUCGGUAACUCGUUUGGAUAUUCGAGGCGGUCGCGGACGGGUCGGGAAAAAUGUCCUGAAAAACUGGAUUUAAGGAGAAAAACUCGGAAAUUGGACAAAAACUCGGAUGUUUAGAGUGUCCCUGACUGGAUUACAGAGGCGUUUCGGAAAAGUUCGGUGUGUUUUAGGAGGUAUCCUGCUCGGAAACGGAGGAGACGGAGCUCCGCGCAGGUAAACUUUCCUGAGGCGUUAGCUUCGUGCUAACAGCGCCGCCUGAGAACCCGAUACUCCGACCCGCUUCUACCGAACUUUCCCCCGGGAAAACCGAGGCCUCGGACCGCGGACCCACCCGCAACAGGUCCCUCCGGAUACUAAACAAAGGAGAUAAGUUCUAAAAAGAGUUUUUUUCUGUGAGAAAAAGACGAGAAAAGGAGAAAACGCUGGAAAAAGUGUGGAAUACUUUAACGGUCGCUAGUUAACGCUAACCAACUGAUCACUGUGUGAAGAAUAUAGUUAGCUUAGCUUAGCUACAAGUGUUUAUUCUGAGUCAAAAAAAAAACUAAACAAAUAAAACGGACAAUAAUUGGAUUAAAUGCGAUACGAUUCAAAAAUGAUGCCGAUGUUCUUGACCGUGUACCUCAGUAACAACGACCAGCAUUUUACGGAGGUGCCCAUCACUCCAGAGACAGUGUGCCGGGAUGUUGUGGAUCUCUGCAAAGAGCCUGGAGAGGCGGACUGUCACCUGGCUGAGAUGUGGAGAGGCUCAGAGAGAGUGGUGGGAGAGGGGGAGAAGAUGCUGGAGCUGUUGCAGCGCUGGGGAUCACACCGGGCCGAAGUUCGCUUCUUCCUUCGACACAACCGAGCGCCCGGCCGCGACGCAGGGAAUGCCAGAGGGAUGGAGCAGAAGAGGAAUGGUGUAAAGGGACCGUCAGAUAGACGGAUGGAGAACGGGGUAGCUGCUCCGCGGAUGGACAUGACGUUGGCGGAGCUGCAGGAGAUGGCAGCGCGGCAGCAGCAGCAGAUCGAUGCUCAGCAGCAGCUUCUGGCCUCCAAGGAGCAGCGGCUGCGGUACCUGAAGCAGCAGGAGCAGAGGCAGCAGCAGCAGGACUCCGAGCAAGAGAAGCUCCAGCGUCUGAGGGAGAACGUGGAGAAGCAGGAGGCCAGGCUGAAGAAAGUACGAGCUCUGAAGGGGCAGGUGGAGCAGAAGCGUCUCAGCAACGGGAAACUGGUGGAGGAGAUCGAGCAGAUGAAUAAUCUGUUCCAGCAGAAGCAGAGGGAGCUGGUGGUGGCCGUAUCUAAAGUGGAGGAGCUGAGCCGGCAGCUGGAGAUGCUGAAGAAUGGAAAGGUGGACGCUCUAAACGACAACCAGAGCUCUGUAGCUGAGCUGGACCGGCUCUACAGGGAGCUACAGCUGAGGAACAAUAUGAACCAGGAGCAGAACGCUAAGCUGCAGCAGCAGAGGGAGAACCUGAAUAAGAAGAAUCAGGAGGUGGCGGUGAUGGAUAAGAGAGUCAGUGAGCUGAGGGAUCGGCUGUGGAAGAAGAAGGCGGCGUUACAGCAGAAGGAGAACCUACCUCCCCAGAUUCCGAACGUCUUAGAAUCUGCACAGAUAAAAAAUGGCUUCCCCGUUAAGGAGAAGGCUUCAAAAGACCCCCAUCCUAAGGUGCCGUCUGAAGGUCAGGCCCUGCAGCAGGUGGGUCCGUCUCGGGUGGCUGCGGUUGGGCCGUAUAUCCAGUCAUCCACCAUGCCUCGCGGCCAAGUGAGACACGAGACCCUGCUGGUGAAGCCCACCUACCCCGACGGCACCGCCACGCUGCCCACCCAGGAGAGGAGUGCUGCCCUCGCCCACGGCAAACCUGGCCCAGAAGCAAUGUUCUUGCUUAAGCCUCUGAAAGAGCUGCGGGCCAAAAGAAAAGGGCUCCAUCCAGGGAAGGUGUCGGACAGGAGCUCAGUUCCUGCAGAUUCCAGCACCCUCCACGUCUCCUCCACCUCCUCCUCCACCCUCCCUCGGAUGCCCAGCCAGGCCCUGGCAGAGCAAGAUGACGCAGAAGUCCUGAAACGUGGUCAGCAGGACCGGAGGACGCGUCCCGUCUCCAUGUUCGAGCCCACCGAGCAGCCGGCGGCGUCCCUACGCAAGAACCAGAGCAGCGAGGACCUCGUGAGGGACGCCCAGACUGCGGUUAAAAACACAGUGAAGAUUCCUCCUCCAGUUCCGAGCAAACCCAGACAGGUAAACCUGCCCUCAGGUGCUCAAAUCGGCUACAGCAAGACCGGCCUCAACACCGGAACCUUCCCCGGCAAGAGCAAACCGGCCAAUCAGCAGCAGCCUGGUGCCCCCCACGCCCGCGUACCCCUGCCCCCCGUCCAGAGCAACACCCUCCCCCUGCCCUCCAAACAGGAGGCGCCGCCCGCCGCCACGGUGCGACCUUUCACCCCCGAGCCCCCCGGGGCUAAGGACGCUGCCGCCGGUCAUUCCUUCCAGAAGCCCCAGACGCUGGCGGGCAGCUCCAUCUACUCCAUGUACACCAAACAGCCCACGCCCGGCAAGCCCUACCCGCAGAUGGUGCAGGGGGCGCACAACCGCUCCCAGCCCCGCAACAACUUCAUCAGCGUUUACGGCAAACCAGUGAUCCCAGCAGGUCAACAAUCCCCAUCCCAGCACAUAGAGAACCCCUACCUGGAUCGGGCAGUCGGCUCGGAGACCGAACCCGACCACGCCACGAGCGGCAGCCCGGCUCCAGAGAACCAGGAGACGGAGCGAAUCCCAAGACCACUGAGCCCCACCAAGCUCCUCCCCUUCAUUUCCAACCCCUACCGCAACCAGAGCGACGUAGACCUGGAAGCUCUGCGGAAGAAGCUCUACAACGCUCCCAGACCUUUAAAGAAGCGCAGCUCCAUUACCGAACCUGAGGGACCUGCUGGCCCCAACAUCCAGAAGCUCCUCUACCAGAAGACCACGCUGGCGGCGAUGGAGACCACCGUGAACUCCCCGAGUCCUGCGGAGGAGGAGAGCGCACCGGCGUCCGAACCCCAAUCCAAAUCCCUCCUCCCGGAAACGCCUCCACCUGAGGUACCCGAACAACCACGCGUCGACCCCCCGUCAGCACCUACGACCGUGCUGAAGAUCGACGGCGAAGACUUCAUCCCCCCUCCACCGCCUCCGCAUCCGGCCCCCCGCCCCGACGAGUCCCUCCUACCGCCACCCCCUCCCCCUGCACCCGAGGAACCGUCGCUCGGGAUUCUGCCGCCAUCUGAGAGCUACAUGGAGGAGUUCCCUCCGUACCCUCCUCCACCCUACCCCAGCGGUGCAGAGCAGGAGGCUCUGGGAGAAGAUACCUUCAACAUGAAGCCGCCUGAGGUCACAGGACAGGUUCCUCUACCACCUGGUAAGAGGACGAACCUGAGGAAGGUUGGAUCUGAGAGAAUCGAUCACAGCAUGAGGGUGAAGUUUAACCCCCUGGCUCUUCUUCUGGACUCGUCUCUGGAGGGGGAGUAUGAUCUGGUGCAGAGGAUCAUCUAUGAGGUUGAAGACCCAAGUCAACCCAACGAUGAGGGAAUCACAGCUCUACACAACGCUGUCUGUGCCGGUCACACAGAGAUCGUUAAAUUCCUGGUGCAGUUUGGAGUCAAUGUGAACGCAGCCGAUAGUGACGGCUGGACCCCGCUGCACUGCGCCGCCUCCUGUAAUAACGUACAGGUGUGUAAGUUUCUGGUGGAGUCUGGAGCCGCCGUGUUCGCCACCACCUACAGCGACAUGCAGACGGCUGCAGAUAAGUGUGAGGAGAUGGAGGAGGGAUACACCCAGUGCUCACAGUUCCUCUACGGCGUGCAGGAGAAGAUGGGCAUCAUGAACAGGGGCGUGGUUUACGCUCUGUGGGAUUAUGAGAGGGAGGAGGGGGACGAGCUGCAGUUCAGAGAGGGGGACUGUAUGACGGUGGUGAGGAGGGAGGAUGAAGAUGAGGUGGAGUGGUGGUGGGCGAGGAUGAGCGACAGGGAGGGGUAUAUCCCCAGGAACCUGCUCGGGCUUUACCCAAGAAUAAAACCACGGCAGAGGAGCCUGGCCUAGACCGUUCUACAGACGGAUGGACAGAUGGAUGGAUGGAUGGACGGAUGGAUGAAAUGUGAUGCUGUAGGACUUUUUUUCUCCAUAUCCUUCACAGAGGAAGUGAAACACUCAGUAUCUUUAGACCAAUCCUGGAGGACCUCUGAUUGGACGAAGAGACCAAAACAUGAAGGAUUUUUUAUCAUCAUUAUUAUUAAUAACAGUAAUAACGGAACUGAACACUGCGGAUGGGUUUUGGACCACUGACCGUUUCGGCUCAUCUGAGGCACUUUUCUAAUUUUACGUCGGAUUUACACGUUUUUCCUCACUUUGUCUGCGUCGAGAACAGAACUGAAUAUAACGGCGUAAAUCUGGAAUACGUAAUUCUGUGUCUUUUUGGCUUCGAUUCUCUUUGGGUGGGUUUUUUAUAACUAGGACUUUUAUAGUACCAUAUCCUCAUAUCCUGUGCUUUAACAUUAACUGUUAAUUAUCACAUUUUUGUUUUAUCACACUGUGAGAUUAGAUUUGGGCUGCGUAAUUAAGCUGUACUGUUUUUUAAAGGAAAAUUCCAGUGUAAAAUUGAUUUUAGUGUAGUAAAAUGUGAUGAUAAGUACUUACCUUUGUUAAAAAUAGCUCAUCUCCGCUCUCCUGCAGCUUUCUGAGAUCCUGUAAUUUUGUGCUUUUUGCCCAAAACUCUUUACUCUUCUUUGCUUCAAUAAAUUACUUUUUACAUUGUUUUCCAGACAAAAAGUAGCUCCACACCUCAUUGGUAGAAUCUGGAAAGCUGUGACAUUUAAAACAAGGCAUUAAUAACUUUAAAAAUGCUAGCUUUCAGUGACAUAGACAGCUGCUACACUAGGAGGCAGUCUAUGUGGAGUCUAUGUAUAUAUGUCUAUGUCUGUCAUGAUCAAUACAGGGAUGGCGGCGCUUGGAGCUAAAAGCUAGUAGCAUUAUGUGAUGUAAACAGUGUUUUUUAAUAAGCUUCUUGUGAACUUUUAAAGUUUUUAAAGUUACUUUCCGCAACACCUUAGGCAUCACUUAGUAACCCCAUAGCAACCACCUUGGAAACAAAAGCAAUAGCAUCCAGCUGGCAAUGCCUUUUUAGCAACAGAUAAAAACUUUUAAACUUUAAACACUUUUAACAUUUAGCAACGCCAUGAUAAUCACCUGGAAUACCACAGCGACCAGCUAGCAGAUAGCCUUUGUGAUCACCUGCAACCAUCAUAGCAACCACAUAUUAACCUAUAUUAUCCUACCAAACCCCCCUGCGUACCACAGCAACCACCUAGCAGUGCCUUGGCAGCCAGGUAGCAACCACUUGGCAACAUCCUGGUAACCACCUGGUAUCCCAUAGCAAGCAACUAGCAACUCCUUAGCAGCACUCUGGCAGCCCUCACUGAUAAUAAUCAAAAUAAAUACUGAAUGAAUUAAUGAUUAGUGCUGAUGUUUAAGUUUAUUGUUUUUAGUUACCGUUUUAUUGGUCAUUUUUAAGUUUUUAAUGCCUUGUUUUUAACUCACGGCUCUCCGAAUUCUACCAAUGAGGUGUUGAGCUUCUUUGAGUCUAGAUAACGAUGUAAAAAGUGAUUUUUUUUUUUGGUGCAACAAAAAAAAGAUAAAAAGUUCUGGGCAAAAAGCACAAAAUUGCUGGGUCUCAGAAAGCUGCAGGAGCGCGGAGGUGAGCUAUUCAACAAAGUAAAAGUACUUUUUAUCAUGUUUUACUACAUUAAAAGUAAAUUUUACACCGGAGUUCUCCUUUAAGAUUAGGACAAUCUUAAGAAGAUCGCAUCUUCAUCGGUAACAUCUUCAAGUGCAUCACAUUCCACACAAUUUCUCCUUUUCUACUGCAGAAUUUAACGAUUGUUAAAUUCAGAGAUUAAUCAUAUUUUUAAGAAUUGAAACAGUUUUGCGAAGCAAAAUAUCGCAAUCUGGUUCGAUAUAUAUCAAUAUUUUCUUACACUUUCUAUUAAACGGUACGAUGUGAACACUUAAAACUGUUUAUCUCUGCAGUGGAAAAGAGGUAUCUAUGGACAAAAGAUAAAAAUGAGAGUUUUAAAGCUGUAGUAAUUGGUUAAAAUGCUUAAAAUUCAAGCUCAGAUCUUCCUACCAGAGCUUUUUGGUGGUGCUCCAUCUAAAACUCAAUCCUUAAGUCACGUAUUUCCACUGUAGAGUUGAUAAUCGGCGCUGUGGUCUGCUGUUACCUUCGGUCAGUAUUUGUUUGCCUGUAAAUCACUGUUGUUAAUAGUUCCUUUAAUGCUGCAGAUCAAAGAAACACCUGAACCAGUGGAUCACCUGAUUCAGGUGCGUCUCCUUCAACUUUACCAGCGUGGAGAACACCCAAGUUCAUAUCCUUUUACGUAAAGAUGCUUUCCGUUUUAACUCAAAUCUCAAGAUUUUGAAAUUUCGAGUAGGAAAUGUCAACUGGAGUGCCCUAAAAGAUUGCAUUUCGUAUUCGGAACACCUAAAACAAGAUGCUCGCCAAUCUAAUAUAGAGUUCAAAAUUCAAAAAUCCAAUAUGGCUGCUGCAUAUAUCAAUAGUUUAGAUGUUGGGGUCCAUUUGAGCUCGAAUGUCAAAAUUUCCACGUUCUAAGUAGGAAAUUUCAGCUGGAAAGCUCCUACAGAUCGAAAUUUCAGAGUUCUGAAAUCCAAUAUGGCUGCCCCAACAUCAAAAGUCUAAUGCGUUCCAAUUUACCAAAAUGGCUGCACAUGAUUAUUUCAAAUUCUGAGUUCCAUUUUAACUUUAAUGUUGGAAAUUCCUAGCUUCAAAUGGGAAAUCAGAACCAGAACGCUCCUACAAGUAGGAUUUUCUAUUUGGAAACUUAGAAAAGAGAGGGUUACCAAUUCUGAGGUAAAAAAAAUUAAAAAUCCAAUAUGGCUGCCACACACAUCAGUAGUGAAAUGCUGUGGUAAAUCCUUCAUCCAGGUAUAAGAUUUGACCUGGAACGCUCCUACAAGUUGGACUUUCUACUUGGAAAGUUGGAAAAUAGAGAAUUAAAAAGUCCAAUAUGGCUGCUGUGCAAAUCAUUAGUUUAAAUGCUGUGUUCCAUUUGUGAUCAAAUGUCGAAAUUUCUAAGAUCUAAGUAGGAAAUCUCAGCUGGAAAGCUGUUUCUAAAAGCAGGAUUCACCACCCCAUUUGCACAUCAACAGUAAAACAGUAAAAUCAGUAUUAAUAUAGAGUUUAUCAGUUUUAUCUAUUAGUCUUUCAUUAAAUCAGUUGUAAAAACACUACUGUCCAACUUCUUUUUGGAUGAUUUAAAAUAAAAACAGAGUUAUCUGAAAGCUCCACUUAAUUUUCUGAUAUUUGACCUGUGAGGUAAAUGAAACGCAUUUUAAGAGUUGCUCUGUACGAAAGUGUUUUGGGUCAUUGAUGAUGAAAGUGAUAAAAAAAAAAAUUAGGUGAUACGAUUUUUCUGAAAUCCUUUUUCUCUUGUUUAAACAUAAUGACUGUUUUUAGCAUAUCUUCACAUUUUCACAGUGUAAUAUUCGCAGCGUACGCCACAUUGAAAGCAAGUUUUUCGCGUCUCUAUGUUGUGAUAUGUAACGCCACUCAAUCAUAAACCCUUUUACACACUA